GAAGGCAGCAUCAGUCUCCUGUGAUCCUGGGUGUGUGCAGCAGCAGCAGCAGCAGCAGCAGCAGUCAGAGAGACUAGAGAGACUAGAGGAAGAGAGAAAGCAACCAGGAACAUCUCAACGUGAGUCCAGCUGAGACCUGACAUCUGUCACCUUGUUGGAAAACUUCUUCUCCUUCAUCCAGGACCGAGAAUGGGAAACUAUCCGAGCUAUAGUUUCUGAAAGAGGACACACAUUCAGAGGAGAGCUGUGUGCUAAAAACUGCCAGGUUGUUGAGCCUUCCUCAGUCACACCAUUUACCUCCAGAGAGGCAACAGGAGGAGCACAGUGGAGAUGCAGACCUUCUUGAAAGGCCGGAGAGUCGGCUACUGGCUCAGCGAGAAGAAGAUGAAGAAGCUGAAUUUUCAGGCCUUUGCUGAUUUGUGCAGGAAAAGAGGAAUAGAAGUUGUUCAGCUGGACCUCAGCCAGCCUCUGGAGGAGCAGGGUCCUCUGGACGUCAUCAUCCACAAACUGACUGACCUCAUCCUGGAGGCUGACCAGAAUGAUUCACAGGCUGUGCUGCUGGUGCAAAGAGUACAGGACUACAUUGACGCCCACCCUGAGACCAUCGUCCUGGACCCCCUUCCAGCCAUCCGAACUCUGCUGGACCGCUGCAAGUCCUACCAGCUCAUCCACAGGAUAGAGAGCUGUAUGCAAGAUGAAAGGAUUUGCUCUCCGCCUUUCAUGGUCCUGAACACGGAUUGCAGCCCAGAUGUGCUGGAGCAGAUCAAGAUGCAAGGACUCACAUUCCCCUUCAUUUGCAAAACACGGGUGGCUCAUGGAACCAACUCCCACGAGAUGGCUAUUAUCUUCAGUGAAGAGGACCUGAAGGACGUGAAGCCCCCUUGUGUGAUCCAGAGCUUCAUCAACCACAACGCAGUGCUCUACAAGGUGUUUGUGGUGGGAGACUCCUACACCGUGGUGGAGAGACCUUCGCUGAAGAACUUCCCUGCUGGACCAGCAGACAGGAAAGCAAUUUUCUUCAACAGCCACAACGUUUCCAAACCAGAGUCGUCCUCAGACUUGACCACGAGAGAGAACGUAGAGGGAGAGUCUCAACCACCCAGUGACGAUGUCAUCAGAGAGUUGUCCAGGUCAUUGCGGCAGGCGCUGGGCGUGUCCCUGUUUGGCAUCGACGUCAUCAUCAACAACCAAACAGGCCAACAUGCCGUCAUUGACAUCAAUGCAUUCCCUGGUUACGAGGGCGUCCCGGAGUUUUUCAAUGACCUCUUGAACCACAUCACCAGCGUGCUUCAGAGCCACAACCCGGACUUCGCCCCCGCCAGCGAGCAGCCCAAAGGCCUGCCGGUGAGCACCACGGUACCCAACGCCGCCCCGCCGGCCCCCGGCUGCUGCAGCAUGCUGGGAAAAGAGGCCAGCGGCAGCCCGUGGAUCGUAGAGGGCGACGGAGGGCUGAAGGGCCCCCGUCAGAGACUGGGCUGCAACUCGGCCAUGUCCCCCAACUUCCAGCAGCACUGUGUCUCCACGAUAGCUACCAAGGCGUCCUCCCAGUGACUGAUCCCCCAUUCCGUUUGAUCCCUGAACAAAACAAAAAAACGGAUGACAAUGGUGACAAUAAUAAUGAAUAAUAAUCAUAAUAAUUAUGAUGUUAAUGAUGAUAAUAUAUCUAAUCAAAAAACAAACCUUUUCCUAUAUAGUUAUUGAAAAUGAUGGUGAUUGAGUGUAAGCUUUUUUCUCUCUGCCUUUUUGUAUUUUUCGUUUCGUCUAAUGAGACUUAACAGUACUGUAAUGUGAACUUUUGGGAACUUUUGCCUAAUAGCUGAUUUUAUUUUUCUCUCUUGUGUGAGUUCUCUGUAAUGAAAGGGUCCAGAUGAGGUAGCUAAUGGGAACGGCUGAAUCAGGACUGGAGAAAGAUGUGCCACUAGACGUGCAAUGUAUGAUCCCUUGUAUCUCACACACAUUAACAAACACACACACACACUCACAGGUACGUUUACAUCACGACGGACCAGUGAUGUGUGUGUGUGUGUGUAUUCUGAUCAACACCACUGACUCCUCUGCACAAAGUGAGGGGGAGAAAAGGUGGCUGGGCAUUUGAACACUACUCCACAGAUCCCAGGCUGCUAUGUGACUGUGGCCAACUGACGACAGAGAGGACAUGACGAGUCUGAACAUGAAUGACAAGAUCGUUUUGGGGUUUUGUUAGUUUGAACAAACGGGUGCGCCGUUUACGUUUUUCCGAGUGCCAUCAAAUUUACUCCGAGGGGUAGGAAGGUCUUCGAAGGUUCAAAAAGCAAAUCUCCAUGACCAUGUGACCAAGUUUUUGUUUUUUUUAAUGAUUGUUUGCACCAAUGUUUAUAGGUGUUUGAGUGUUUUACUGUAUGUCAGAUGCCGGAUGUUAGGUGUUCAACAAACAAACCGCGUCCCAGUUUGAGUCGCUCCGGUGCGGGAAGACGAGGAUCACAUUCCGUUUCCUGUUUUGUGGGAUGUUUUCAGAGAAUUCCAUGAUUUAUUUUUGUUUCAGAAUUCCAGUGGGAUCUUGUGAGAUUUCUCUCUCGUCACUUCAUGGGUUUGUAAUCUCCGUAAACAGACUUCUCCACGCGUCUUCAAUGCUUGUAUCUGUAAUGUGAGCAAACUACUCUCCUGAGGCCAACUUGACCUAUCAACAGACUUGGGCCUGCAGAGAAAAAUUAUAUUAUUCCACUAAAAUCAAGGUAAAUGUGUCUUUUGAAUAUCCACUAAUUGGGUAUUAAUUAUUCUGAUUCCGUUAAAAUGACAACGGUUCCAGAUGAUCGAGGAAUUUGUUCAGCUUUAUGACGUCUCAUUUGAUUUAUUUUCACUCUUAACAGCACUUUUUCUUUAAAGUCAAAGAAACCUUCAGUCCAGUCGGUUCAUUCGCUUCAAGCUUAAAUCCUCUGCCUCCUGUUCCAGCUGCUGUAUUUGUGUCACAUGUUAAAAUCAUUUGGAGGGGAAGUGGAGGGGGGGGGAGACAGUCCAGCUCUUGUUCCCAGUGUUCACUGUGAGAUUUUUUUACUCCAAUUUUGUUAAUAUCUUUGUCCUGAUAUCUACUAAGAGCAACUUUAUUUUAUGAGAUUUUAUGGGGAAAAAAAGGUUUUAUAUAAAUGAAAUGAAAGCAAGGGGGGGGUGUUUUUGAACAAACAGUGGAUAAUAUUUACUAGAGGUAUAGUAAUAAAUGCUGGGUCUGGUUGUACAGGUAGGGACAGAUGGGGUUGAUGCUGUUGUCUCCCUCUAGCAUCUAGUGGGAAGGAGUGCCAACCUGCAGAUUGUUCUCAUUCCUCUGAGCCUGCUCCUUUUUUCUCUUGUCCCAGAGAGCUCCUCCUCGCUGUUUUAUUUCCUCCCUCAGUAUCCGAGGGGAACUGACUGUCCUCUUGCUCGCCCUGUGAUCGUAAAUAAUAGUGUCAGCGCAGCCAUCUCACCAGCAUCUCUCUGGGACAAAAGAAUAACCAAUGAUGCUCUGAAAGUUGCUUUCCAUUAGACACAUCAUAUUAUGAGAAUAUUUCCACAACGGUUAUUUAAUCUCCUUUUAAUUUGAGUGUGUAAUGAAGCAACAAUAUAUUCAGACUUUAAAGCAGCAGGUUCGGGGGACAUGUCCUUUCCCUCCUCAAAGCGUUGGGUGGUGUCCCUGUUAAAGCUGAUAUCUGUGUACACCACUAUAUAGUGUGUCCUAUGUUGUGCUCCUUAUCGUGCUUCUAAAUGGGAAAUAAAUGGUUAAUCUUACCUUUUGGUCAUUUCUGCAACCCAGACAGUGUCAUCAUGCUCCCAGUUUCCACCUGAAUGUUUACUUCUUGGGUGUCUUGUACAGUACGUGUAUAUAUGCCUAGGCUUACAUCCGUACAGUAUGUUGUUUUGUAUCAGUUCUGUAAUUGAGAGGAAUCCACAAUUUUGUGACCUUUUUUUUAAUUAAAUGGCCAAAACCAACAGGGCGAAAUAAACAUGUGAAACCUCA